ACAAUUUUUGCAAAAGUACAAUUACAGAACCUGUGUACCUCAACUUUAAUAUAUUUUUAAAUUAGUUUUCCAGAUGGUACGAAGACGAUCCGUAGUCUUGCCCAAGUUGUGAACGCUUAAGAGGUGCAGGUGCGAUUGUCGGCGCGUAGGGGCUCUUCUGCCACCAGCAGCCGCCUUAAAAGGGCAAUGCGCAGGAGAAAGAGUGAAAAUGUGAAAACGGAGACCAAACGUCUUGGGCGUACAUCAAAUACAACACAUGGCUUGAAUAACAAAGAGGCAACACAUCUGGAAGCUUCCCAGAAACGAGCGUCUGAUGAAAUACGAAAGCAGAAACGGAAGGAACUAGAUGCUCGCAGGAGCAAAUGCCGAAUACGGAUUGGAAGUCAUCUGGAUCAGUGGUGUUCAAUCAAAGAGAAGGCAGGCUUCUCCCUCCACUCAGACUUUGCCAAGUUCCUUCUGGACAGGUUUUCCUCAAGUGUAUGUUCGUUAUGUUCUGGGCAGUGCAGUGAUGAAAAUGGCAACACAUUCUGUGUCUCCUUGGAAGCUCUGAGAAUGCUUGUGGUGUGGUCCCAUGAUCAUAGCCAAGAGUGUGGCUUCAUCCCAGACUUCAAGUGUGUUCUGAAGGAAAGGGAGAACAAAGUGCAAACUGUCAUCUGGGAGUGCCUUGCUGGACAUACCUGUUCUUGGGCUACUGCAAUGGUAUUUACACAACUUAGCAAUGAGAGCAAAACUGUGAAAAAAGGUGCCACCAGUCUACACUGCCUUAAGUGCCCACCAGAGAUGCCUGUGGAUGAGAAAUCAAAAGGUGAAAGUAAGACAGAUGGGGAAGGUCACACUACCAUGCAGCAAUCUCACCGUGGAGCAGGGAAGAGGAAGCGGAAAGUACCACCUUCACUCAGUUUAGUGACUGCAGAUGUGACUACCGAAAGAAUGGAGAGUGGUCUUGUAUUGACUGAAGGGUAUUCCUCUGAAGUUUCCAAAGGUACUGCUACAGUACAACAGACAAAGCCAGUUGUCAAAACUUCCUGCGAGUCAGAGGGACCCAAAAGGCUACAUGCAAUUAGGCGAUGUUCGCAAAGGACAUUGGCAAAGCCCAGGAAGAAGCCCUGUGAUCAGAGCUGUCAAAGUGUCGACGUAGAGUCUCAGCACUUACAGCCUCCUGAGUCUUGCCAGCCCACUGUCAUUUUGGGAACUGGAAAUGGAGAAGAUAGCGUGGAAAUAGUCACUGAGGCUGUAAAUACACUGACACAAAGAAAAACAAGUUCUGCUGAAGUGGAGCAAGAACAGCUAUCAGAAGCCAAGAAAACUGAUACAGGAACGGAGCUGAAAUGUUUGGAGGAAGAGUCACAAAGGCUUCCUGAGGAGGAGGAAGAUAUGGUGCAGAAUUCAGCAGCAGCGGUACUAAUAAGUGAUCAGGCUCAUCUGGGUUUUCAGGAGGAGCAGAAAGAGACUGAAGAUGAAUUCAAUGAAGAUGUCUUGGCCUAUAUUGAUGAUCCAAUGGAUAAAACAUAUGAGCCACCUCCUACAGAAAGUGAUCAAAGCAAGACGAAGGGUACUGCUCGGUUACAAAAGAAGCAUCCAGUCAGAAAGAAACUGAGUAAAAGAUGCAGAGGCACAGCCCAGCAGAAAACCAGACCAAUAAAAGAGAGGAUUCUGUGUGCAAAGAAUCCAGUGGAAGAAGGUCAAGGGAGAUUCAUUCAAAAACGAAUCAGGAAGGCUGCGAAGAAAGAGCUUCUUCUCUGUGAAUACAUUGGAUGUGGGAAGAUUUUUUCUAACCGUCAGUACCUCAAUCAUCAUGUCAAGUACCAGCAUGUUCACCAGAAGACCUUCUGCUGCAUACAUCCAGACUGUGGGAAGUCCUUUAACUUCAAAAAACACCUUAAGGAGCAUGAAAAACUACACAGUGACAAACGGGAUUACAUCUGUGAAUUUUGUGCCCGGGCCUUCAGAACGAGCAGCAAUUUGGUCAUACACCGUCGGAUCCACACAGGAGAAAAGCCACUUCAGUGUGAAGUUUGUGGUUUCACCUGUCGUCAGAAGGCCUCACUGAACUGGCAUAUGAAGAAGCAUGAUGCAGAGUCCACUUAUCAGUUCUCUUGUGAUAUCUGUGGCAAGCGCUUUGAGAAGCGGGACAAUGUGACAGCUCAUAAGAGCAAGAGUCAUGCGGAUGAUGCAGUACCUGGACAUUCUGCCCCAGCUGCCAGCCCAAGUACCCCUCUAGAGUAUGAAGAUGUACCCCUAGAAGCAAACAAUUUAAAGGCAGAGAGUAAGGCAAAAAACAUGAAGGAGCCUGUCGUAACAAACUUGUCCUGAAUUCUGACAAGGGAGAUUGUAUUGUGUUGUAGUGCCAGUCUUUAAAAUGUCAUGCAAUCAAAUCCUGGCCAGACUGCAUGCUGUAAGUGGCAGUUUGAGGUCUGGUUUGCAUGUAAACAUCAGUGUUUACCAUGCCACGUGACGCUGACUGCUUUUUAACUCAUCACUGCUUAAAAGAUUUAGUAGUGCCAGUGUGUGUCUCUGCGUUUGUGUGUGUGUGUGUGUGUGUGUGUGUGUGUGUGUGUGUGUGUGUGUGUGUGUGUGCCUGUUUUUCCGGAGUGGAAUUAGAUUUUGAUCCUAGAUUGAAAAAAGGAGAAAACUCACUCUAAGAAAAGGAGAUUUUUUUACUAAUAUUCGGAGUGCACUGGUAUGACAAAGUAAGGCACACUCUAAAAUCUGUGGGUAUAACAGAAGGUUUCUAUGACCAGAACCUGAUCAAUGAAGUUGGAAGUGGUGGAUUUUUGUCAUUAAGUUUUAUCUUGAUGGUUUUGCACAUUUGUUUCUAGAAUUUUGAGACGAAUAUAUUCGUUUUUUAAUGUAUAAAACAAUGUUGACGGUAACGCACUGGAAUUCACUGUGAACUGAUACCGGAUGUUAGUGGAAGUAAACAGUUCUGCAGUCAAAGGAGCAAGAACCAGACACUCCGAAACAACAUGCCAAAACCACUUUUCUGAGAAAAGUUGACUGAUCUUGCUGUGGUUCCUAACUAGGAAAGUUUACCAGAGUAUAGUUUUUAUAUGUUUGAUCUGCUUUAUAGUCUUUUGCUGUUUUUGGUGCUCAUAUGCCCACAGAAGCCCUGUGACAUUUCUCUUCCCAGGCAUAAGCUGUAGGGGCUGCAAAUGUACUUCAUGUUUGCAUUUAAACUAGGAUGAAGGAUGUUCCUAAUAUAGAAAUGAAGUUUA